CCCUCCUCCCUGCAGUGUGUGUGUGUUGCGGGGGUUGGACCGUCUGCUUGGCCACUAAAUCUGUGUGAACCCCUGCAGCUUCACCACAAUUUCACCUUCCUCGCACACUCUAUUUUGAACCACCUUCUCUUAAUCGUUGCGAGCCUACACAACCCAGGAUGUACCCAGUUGGAGGGAUAUCAGCAACCAUUCAGGCGAACAGACUCCGGGCAGAAGGCAUGGGCACCAACGAGAACGCAGUGCAGUUCGCGAACCAAGACUAUGCGGCUCUGAAGCAAGAAUGUGUGGAGUCAGGAGGCCUGUUUGAAGACCCCUGUUUCCCCGCCGAACCUCCAUCUCUGGGUUUUAAGGAACUGGCGCCCUACUCUUCCAAGACACGAGACGUGGAGUGGAAGAGGCCCACGGAAAUAACAGAUGAUCCUAAGUUCAUCAUAGGUGGAGCAACCAGGACGGACAUCUGCCAGGGUGCUUUGGGUGACUGUUGGCUUCUGGCAGCUAUCGCAUCGCUGACACUGAACGAAAAGCUUCUUCAUAGAGUUGUUCCACAUGGCCAGUCUUUCCAGGACGAUUAUGCUGGGAUCUUUCAUUUUCAGUUCUGGCAGUUUGGUGAAUGGGUCGAUGUGGUGAUCGAUGAUCGACUUCCUGUCAAAGAUGGGGAGCUAAUGUUCGUCCACUCUGCUGAGGGCAAUGAAUUCUGGAGUGCGCUGCUGGAGAAGGCCUACGCCAAACUGAACGGAUCCUAUGAGGCUCUGUCUGGAGGCAGCACCACGGAGGGUUUUGAGGACUUCACGGGAGGCGUGUCUGAGAUGUACGAGCUCCGGAAAGCACCCCGGGAUCUGUACAAGAUCAUCGGCAAGGCUUUGGACAGGGGCUCGCUUCUUGGCUGCUCCAUCGAUAUCUCCAGCGCCUUUGACAUGGAGGCUGUAACGUUCAAGAAGCUGGUGAAAGGUCACGCUUAUUCCGUCACUGGACUGAAGCAGGUGGAAUACCAGGGAAGCAUGGAACGCCUCAUUCGGAUACGGAACCCUUGGGGCCAGGUGGAGUGGACCGGUGCCUGGAGCGACAAUUCACCCGAGUGGGACCAGGUUGAUUCAUCUGAGCGAGAGGAUCUGCAGCUGGACGACGGAGAGUUUUGGAUGGCCUUCAGUGAGUUUCUGCGCCAGUUUUCUCGACUGGAGAUCUGCAACUUGACCCCAGAUGCGCUGUGCGAAGACGCCACCAGCCACUGGAACACCAUGAAGUUCUACGGCACGUGGAGGAGAGGCAGCACCGCGGGAGGCUGCAGGAACCAUGCCAACACAUUUUGGAUCAACCCUCAGUAUAAGAUCACUCUCCUGGAGGAGGACGAUGACCCCGAUGAUGAUGAGGUGGCGUGCAGUUUCUUGGUGGCUCUGAUGCAGAAAGACCGCCGCAGGUAUCGCCGGCACGGUCAAGACAUGCACACCAUUGGUUUCGCUCUGUACGAGAUUCCAGAUGAAUUCAGAGGCUGCCAGAACGUCCACCUGAAGAAGAACUUCUUUCUGUCGCACUCAUCCUGCGCUCGCUCUGAGACUUUCAUCAACCUGCGAGAGGUGAGCACCCGCCUGCGCCUGCCCCCCGGCGAGUACCUCAUCGUGCCCUCCACCUUUGAGCCCGGGAAAGAAGCCGACUUCGUCCUGAGAGUCUUCACUGAGAAGCAGUCCGAAACAGAAGAACUGGAUGAUGAGAUCACCGCAGACCUGGGAGAAGAUGAGGAAAUAACUGAAGACGACAUUGAUGAUUCAUUUAAGUCAAUGUUUGCUCAGCUUGCUGGUGAGGACAUGGAGAUUUCCAUCCGGGAGCUCCGAACUAUUCUGAACAGAGUUGUUACUCGACAUAAAGAUUUGAAGACGGAUGGCUUCAGUAUGGAGUCUUGCAGGACCAUGGUCAACCUGAUGGAUAAAGACGGAAGUGCACGUUUGGGUCUGGUGGAGUUUCAGAUUCUGUGGAAUAAGAUCCGAAAGUGGCUGCUUGUUUUCAGAGAGUACGACUUGGACAAAUCAGGUGCCAUGAGCUCAUAUGAGAUGCGCCUCGCAGUGGAGGCAGCAGGUUUUAAACUAAACAACAAACUGAAUCAGAUUUUGGUGGCUCGGUACGCUGAGAACGAGAUGAUUGACUUUGACAACUUCAUCUGCUGCUUGGUCAAACUUGAGGCCAUGUUCAGGUCUUUCCUUCAACUUGAAAAGGAAUCAGGAGUCGCUGAGAUGAAUCUUACUGAGUGGCUUUACUUGACCAUGUGUGGUUAAGGAGCUGCUGCAUGGAUGACCUCCAGACUGCUGGUACUAUGGAUCACUGAAGACGCUCAAACCCUCGGAGAGCUCCCACCUUGUAGCGUAAUUAUCAGAAGAGCUUAUUUCAUGAAGCCAGAUUGGCCAAAUAACCUCAGCUUGAAUCUUGGCAACUAUGCAAACCUACAGUACGACAGACAUCAUGCCACUAUUUACCGUCAAAACAGCAUGAGUCUCUGCAUGUCUGAUUAGAAAACAAAAUGUCAUGUGCUUUUCUGAGUUUGUAGUCGGCGUUUUGUUUAAAUAAAAAAUAACUGUAAUGUCAGCAGCGAUUCAGGGCCAUUAACAAUUUUGCUGGAUUUAUUACUGGACUAAUGACUGUGAGAAUGUUGCUCACUUGCAUACAAACUUGAUCUGUUUUUUUUAAGUUUAGCUUAUUUAUACGAGUUUUUUUUGUUACACACAUGCAGCUAACCAUCACUUUUUACUUUGCACUGAGCCUGUAGAUGAAGGAAACCGUAGCCUCACAUACAUCACAGACAGGGAUCUUGUUCAAGAAAUGCCUUAUAAGUUUUAAAGAGCUUUUAAAAUGUGCCAGUGUUUUUGUGUUGAAUGUAUGUUGUGCCUUCAAUAAA